AUGGUGUGGCAGGGGCUGGUGCUGGCUGCUUGCCUCCUCAUGCUCCCCUCCGUCACGGCAAACUGCCUGUCCCGCUGCUCCUUGUGUGCUGUAAAGACCCAGGGUGGGCCCAAACCCAUCAACCCCCUGGUUUGCUCCCUGGAAUGCCAGGCUGCCCUGCUGCCCCCUGAAGAGUGGGAGAGGUGCCAGGGCCUUCUGUCUUUUUUCUCCCCCUUUCCCCUUGGGCUCAAUGGCAAGGAAGACUUGGAGAGCAAGACAGCUUUAGAAGAGCCCUAUGGUGAGCUGGCCAAGCGCACGGGGCCCUUCCUGAAAGAGCUGGAGAAAAGCAGGUUCCUUCUCAGCACCUCACCAGAGGAGAAUGCUCUGAGCAGGAGCCUGGCAGAGAAGCUCAGGGGUCUCACUGGCAGGUUGAGGGAGGGAGUGGAGUCAGAACUAAUGGAAGAUACCCAGCUGAACGAUGGCGCCAUAGAAGCUGGAGCGCUGGAUUCUGAUGAGGAGGACCCCAAGGAGCAGGUCAAACGCUACGGGGGCUUCUUGCGCAAAUACCCCAAGAGGAGCUCAGAGGUGGCUGGGGAGGGGGAGGGAGAUGGAGAUAUGAUGGGUCACGAGGACCUGUACAAACGCUAUGGGGGCUUCUUGCGGCGCAUCCGUCCUAAGCUCAAGUGGGACAAUCAGAAGCGUUAUGGCGGUUUUCUCCGGCGCCAGUUCAAGGUGGUAACUCGGUCCCAGGAGGACCCCAGUGCGUACUCCGGAGAGCUUUUUGAUGCUUAA